AUGGAAAUAUUGGUGGAGCCACCUCCUUCAGGGCAAAAGUUGAAUGAAGAUGUGCUUGCAUGGUACUUAAAAACAUCAAAGUUAGCAUUGGCUUUAGCUGUAAUAAGUGAUACCCCUCCAGAGAAGAGCAGUAGAGAAUAUGCAGAGCACUUGGCCAAAACUUUGAGUGUGAAGGAGGUAGACUGGAAGGUAAAAGCUGAGACUUGGAAAGCUGAAGUGUUACAUCUACGCCAAGAAUUGUUUCUGAGUCGAAUGAAGUCUAUAGCAGGAACAAGCAAUGGAGCUGACUCUGCUUUUUGCCCAGAAUUUCCAACUCGAGGUGCUCUGGAAUCUAGGAAUGAAUCCACUCAUCUGGAAGAUUCAGGUUGUGAUAUAUCUAAUGGACAAGAGUCAGAUACUCAGGAUCUAUUAGCUAAUCAUAGCCUGGGAUACCAUGAUUCUUAUUCACUAACGAGUGAAAAAUCUAAGGUAUUAGUCAGUUCCGCAUUGUUGCAUCCCGAAUCAAAUUCUACCCGUAGAGACAAAUUAGAAGAGGAGGAGAAAAUGCUCAAUUUUCAAACCGAGUUUUUACAGAGUUUAAUAAGAAUUAGAAAAGUUGCAAUGGUCAGAAUGCCAUCAACGGAAGCAUUGAUUCUAGACAGUGACCAUUCAGUAGUGACAGAUUCAGUCUCGCUUCUUGCUAAGAAUUUGUUAGCUUUCUGUGUGGAAUCUAGAUCUCUUCUCCCAGAUUCUUUACUGAUGGAAACAACAUGGACUCUUGUGCACUUACUGCACGAUGGAAAAUUGCCAAAGAUAAUUCUUGUGCAAUGCAUUAAGAUAGUAGAGGAACUUGUGAAGGAUUUGGUGAAAGUCAUUUUGGAUAACACAAAAGUAAAUAGGGUAAGUACAUUUUGUGCAGUGUGUUACUCUUAUAUCUGCAUUUAUUCAACAAAUAACUGCAGCUUAACUAUUGUAUAUGGAUUUUCUCAUCAUUGUUUAAGAACUAGUGGAGCAGCCUAUAUCCAGAGACAUAAAUUUCACUAUAAAGAUUUUUGUAUACCUUUAAGUGGUGCUAUUUUGAUUAGUCUUUUUGAGAUGGAUUUGUGAUCCAUCAAAUACAAAAACUGAAACCGUAAGACCUGUAGGUAUUGAAUAUUAGAACUGUUGCUGCACAGUUCUUCUGUCUGAUGUUAUGUGGGAUUUAUGACCCAUUUACUUAAACAGUGUCAUUGUUUCCA